AGAUUUUGAUUCGUAGGAGCCUGGAAGGUUAAAAAGAUUAAAGAAAUACUUUUUGAGGUUGCGUGACCUAUCCGUUAAUUUCGUUCAUCUCUUCUCUCCUUCCUCUUCCUUUCUUCUAGCCCUUUGAUCUGUAAUUCUUUCUGGUUUAAGAAAUUGGAUUUUUCAAUUUGCUUCUCUCUCUGUGUUUCUGUUUCUGAAUCCUCACAAAAUCCAUCCAAAGAAGUGAAUUCUUUGUGUUUCUGGGGUAGGGAUUAGGAAUGGGGAAUGCCCUUAGGUAUCUAUGGGGUCACUGCUGCAAGCCCUCAACUCAGGAGUCUGAAUCACUUGGUCCUCAUGGUGUCUCUGCCGCAACAAUUGGAGUUUCAGCAAUUGCCCAUGAUCUCUUUCACUUUGACAUCACAGCUCAGGUUCCUGAAGGACUAAGCCAGCAUGUCGUCUCGUCGAAGAAGGCUCAGGCUAACUGGUACAGAAAAUUGUUGGAGGCAUGGAAAGAAGCAAAGCCCCCACCAAAAACUCCUGAACAAGCUUCAAGGCUUGUCAUUCAGACCUUGAAGAGACACCAAGAAGCCGAUGUCAAGGGUUUAUUGGCCUUCUAUGGUCUUCCUCUUCCUCACACUCUGGUUGAAACUCUUGGGCCAGCCCCUUUGUCACAGCCUGAAGGACUCAAGUUUGAAUUGCUGACACUACCUGUGGAUGCAAAAGCUGUUGCAGAUGGGGAUACCAUUACUGUCUAUGUGGACACCUCAGACCCCAGAGAAUCAUCUGCUCUUCCCAGAGAAGUACAAGUGGCUGCCAUCGAAAGAUCAAAAGCCCGUGCAGUCAAGAACUAUGCAAAGGCAGAUGCACUUCACAAGAGCAUUAUUGAUGCAGGAUAUCGUGUAUUAACUGGUCCGAACAAUGAGGACAUUCUAGCUCGAAAAUAUCGGAUUCGACUAAGGGGCAUAGAUGCACCGGAAAGUUCAAUGCCCUUCGGGAAGGAGGCGAAAGAGAAGCUGGUUAAACUGGUACAGGGGAAGUGUUUGAAAAUUUAUGUUUAUGACACAGACCGUUAUGGAAGAUCUGUUGGGGAUAUCUACAGCAAUGGUGUGUUUGUGCAGGAAACUAUGCUCAAGAAAGGUUUUGCAUGGCAUUAUGCUGCUUAUGACCGUCGCCCAGAACUUGCGUCGUGGGAGAAGCAGGCUCGAGCUGCUAAAGUUGGCUUGUGGGCACAAUCUAACCCUGAAAAGCCAUGGGACUGGAGAAAAGAUAAACGUGAAGGCAGAUGAGUUUCGCUUACAAAGGCCAAAGAAAAUAUCUCCCUAAGAAGACCCACCAUGCCCAAGAGGGGAAAGGGAUAUGGCAUGCAACAUGAGACUACAGAAUGCAACUCUGGAUGGGUCACUCAGAUUGUUUUCCAUGUAUUUAUAAAUUUCAAGAAAGCUUCUACAACCCACCCCUUGGAGAGGAAGAGGGGGGGAAGGGAAGUGGGGAAGGAGUGAGGUUGGUAAUUUGUAACUUAGGAAAGUGAAUUGUAAUGGUGUAAAAGAAAUAGGGUGCCUCUGAUCUCUUAUCUAGAGGUUUAACAAUGAAACAUUCUCAAAGUACUGAAGAA